AACAUUAUGGAGCGGACCCUGCAGAAAUAUGGAAGCUAUGAGAAGUUUGAACAGGCCACUGGAGGCAGCUUGCUGACCAAAAGUCGCAUCUGGAAUCACGUCAGGAAAUACAUGGUGAAAGAAGGCUGUCUUGGUGAGAUUGUGGUCCAUCUCACGGAGGACCUGCUAUCUCGAGCCUCAAUGACAGUGGUGAAUGGCCGCCCCACUCUCACUAUCAACAUCUCCACUGCGCGAGAGCACUGGCUGGAAGGGAUGCUGAGACAUGAAAUUGGAACUCAUUACUUUCGGGGUUUUAACAACAACAGCCAGCCUUGGUGCAACUGGAACGGACGGAGAAAACAUGGGCUAAAACCAAUCAACCCUACAGAAGAGGGGCUCGCAAGCAUCCACAGCGUCCUGUUCCGCAAAGACCCUCUCCUUUGGAGGGCUGCGCUGCUGUACUACACGGUGUACCAGGCUAGCCAAAUGUCCUUCAGCCAGCUUUUCCAGGACUUGGGGAAAUUUGUCAAGGACCCCAAUACUAGGUGGGAUUACUGCGUACGAGCCAAGAGAGGGUGGACCGACACAUCACAACCAGGCUGUUUCAAUAAGGAUCAGGUGUACUUGGAUGGCAUCCUCCGAAUCCUGCGAUAUAGGGAGUCCAUUGACUUCCACCUGCUGACAGCCCUUGGAAAGAUCUCAUAUGAAGACGUGGACCGCCUGAAAGGAUUAGCUGUGAUUGAGAACAUGAGGGUGCCACACUUCCUGCAAGACCAUGCCCGGUAUAUGGAGCACUUGGAAAAGAUCAUGCACGUCAAUAAGCUGACUGAUGAGGAGCUCCAGGAUCUCAUAAAUUAACAGCAUUAGCCCACCAUUCACAUACUCUGUGAGGAUGUAGAACUGGACUUCCCAGAGCUUGCAAAAAUGGACUUGAGAGGUGGGGCAGGAAGGGUAGCCAGAAUAUGU